AUGCAGUUGAGUCGUUUGUUGUUGAAGCAGCGAUCGCAGACGCCAUUCAACAUCUGGAUGACGCAGUUCCUCGGCGGCCGAACUGACCCAGACUUUCACUACAUGCGAUACGAGUACCAGCAGUCUCCACGAACCUACGAGCCACGAGUCAAGCCACCAGGAGAGAACGAGAAGCUCCACUCCGUUGCGUACAUCUACAGAGACGAGCGACGAAAAGUUCAGCCACCAAUGAUUGUCUCUAACGUCGCUGAUGCCACAACCAGAGAAGUAACUGGCCGACCAGUCGCUGGAUUUGGCCUGAAAUGGUCGCUUAACGCUCAGGAGCCCGUCAUUCGUCAGCAUUCUUCCACUUUCGGCAUCGAGCCUGGAUACAAGGGUUACCGAAAUAACGAAUUUUACAAGGAGUAA